UCUGUCUCCUACUCUCUCUCUCUCUCUCUUACAUAAAGUGCGUAGUCCUAAGAGUUCCUAUGUUUCUCUGCAUCUACCGGACUUUCGUUUUUCUGAGGAGCUGAGCUGAAGAUGUCUUGCUAGUUUGACUACGGGAGUUUUGAGGUAUACAUUUUUCUUGAUUAAGUUAAUAGAGAAAUGGAUCCUCAUAUCCAUGGAUUCUUCAAUUCUUCGAAUAGAAUUCAAUUGGGGAAUCAAUCCACGGCUGAGUUUUCCAAUUGGGAUGGGCCUGGAUUUGAGAUUACUUAUCCAGAUCAGAAACAAGUCCAUAGACAUAGAAAUCAGAGUUCCUCAUUCCAACAACCUAGCAAUGGAGGAGUGCAUUUACUCUCAAACCAGCCCUUUUCAAAUGGGAAUGUUUCUAGCUCCUUUGUGGACAUUGAGGACUAUUAUCGAGAUGAUUGUGAUUUUUCGGAUGCGGUUCUGAGAUACAUUGAUCAGAUGUUGAUGGAAGAGGACAUGGAGGAUAAGCUACAUAUGCUUCAAGAGUCGUUGGAUUUUCAAGCGAAAGAAAGGUCCUUCUAUGAGGUACUUGGCAAGAAGUACCCGCCUUCCCCGCAUCCAGAAUCAGCGCUUUUUAGCCCCUGUCGUGAGAGCGCAGACGAUUAUUUCAUUUAUGUUGAUCGCCAUAAUUCAAGAACUAAUAGUGGUGAUGGCAGUGGGUAUCUCAUUGAUGUAGUUGAUCCGAAUUGGAUAAACAGUCGCACGGAUUAUGAUCCCUCUCUUGUUCCGUGUCAUACGACUUAUAAUCUUUCCAACGCAUGCAUUAGCUCAUCAAGUAGCUUAAAUGGAUUCUCUGAUUCACCGAUAAGUCCUCUUCAGAUACAUGAAACGUGGUGUGAGAGUCAACCGGUCUGGAAUUUCAGGAAGGGGGUCGAAGAGGCAAGUAGGUUUCUUCCUAGCGGGAGUGAGUUGCUGGUCAAUUUGGGUGUUGAUGGUUUGUUACGUCAGGAUCCAAAAGAAGGGGAAAGUAAGGUGGAGAAGGAUGAGGUAAGACGUUCGCCCUCUGAAUCAAGGGGCAAGAAAAAUUGUCAUUGUGCAGACACAGAUUUGGAAGAAGAGAGAAUCAGCAAGCUGCCUGCAGUUUCUGCAGACUCUGAUGUUCCAAUAGAGGAAUUUGAUGCUGUCUUGCUAAAUUCCCUAGGGGAAGGUAGGAGGAAAUUUGGAGCUUACAGGGAAGAAUUGCAAAAUGCUGCGAGCAAGAACAUGCAGCAGAACGGGCAAACAAAAGGAUCCGGUGGUGGGAAGGGUCGUGAUAAGAAACGGAACAGGAAAAAACAAGUGAUAGAUUUGAGAACCCUUUUGAUUAACUGUGCCCAGGCCAUUGCUGCUGAUGAUCGUCGUAAUGCUAAUGAAUUGCUGAAACAGAUCAAACAGCAUUCAUCUCCUUUCGGUGAUGGGAGUCAGAGGCUGGCUCAUUAUUUUGCUCAUGGCCUGGAAGCACGUUUGGCUGGAACCGGUAGCCAGAUGCAUAAAGACCUUUUCAGCCAAAGAACUACUAUGACUGACUACUUGAAAGCUUACUAUACUUACCUCGCAUCAGCUCCAUUCAGGAAGAUUUCAAAUUUCGCCUCAAACAAGACAAUCAUGAUGAGAUCACAAAAAUCAAUGAGAGUUCAUAUCAUAGAUUUUGGUAUCCUCUAUGGUUUCCAGUGGCCGACCUUUAUUCAACGUCUAGCUGAAAGAGAAGGUGGCCCUCCAAAGCUUCGGAUCACUGGCAUAGACUUUCCACAACCUGGCUUCCGGCCAGCAGAAAGAAUUGAGGAAACAGGGCGUCGCUUGGCCCAUUAUGCCAGAACAUUCAACGUGCCAUUUGAGUACAAUGCCAUAGCACAAAAGUGGGAGACCAUCAGAGCAGAGGACCUUAAGAUUGAGAAGGAUGAAGUAGUAGUUGUCAACUGUUUAUACCGGUCCAAAAACUUAGUUGAUGAGACAAUGUUGGCUGAAAGUUCAAGAACUAUGAUUCUUAACCUGAUUAGGAAAAUAAAUCCAGAUAUUUUCAUUCAUGGGAUAGUGAAUGGGGCUUAUGGUGCGCCAUUCUUCGUCACUCGGUUCCGGGAGGUUUUGUUCCAUUUCUCAGCUCUAUUUGAUAUGCUGGAAACAAACAUACCUCGGGACAAACCAGAACGGUUGCUCAUCGAGAGAGAUAUCUUUGGAAGGGAAGCAAUGAAUGUCAUUGCUUGUGAGGGUUGGGAGAGAGUUGAAAGGCCUGAGACAUACAAGCAGUGGCAAGUACGUAAUCUGAGGGCAGGCUUCAUACAAAUCCCUUUUGAUAGGUGGAUCAUGGACACAGCAAGAAAAAAGGUGAAAGCAUUCUAUCAUAAAGACUAUAUAAUCGAUGAAGACAGUCAGUGGCUGUUGAUGGGCUGGAAAGGCCGGAUAAUCUACGCCCUAUCCUGUUGGAAACCUGUUUAAGAAACUGAAGAGGAUAGCGUCCUGACCAGACUAUUAUUCUUCUUGACCCAUGAUUUGCCACGUCUCCGAACGCUCCAUUAUAUUGAUCAUUCGUUGCAGUGGAAAAUUGACAUUUUUGUUCUUUCAUUGAUGACUAUGUAGAAGAAGUGGGACGUGUUCUUUGCGUUCUCUCCCAAGAAAUGGAUACAGCUGACGCUUGAAUAGGUACACUCAAGAUCAGUUUUAGAUUAAGCUUCUUAACUUAACUUGCUUACGGCGAUGUAAGAAAUCUAAUGCGAGGCAGUGUCCUUUUAGCUAAUGCUGCCAAUAUAUUCUCAUGUUAAGGGAUUAACUAAUAAGUUGUCUGCAAGAAGAGUGCCUUUUUUCCAUUCCUCUUCAUCCCUGAAAACCUUUGCAUGUGCUAUGGUUCGUAAAUAAGCUUAUGCUCCUGUGUCUCUCUGUACUUGAAUAUCA